CAUGGACCGGAAGUCGUUUUGUUGUUUGACGCCGAGCGGAACACAAACCGGGAGAAUAAAAGAUAUAUACUUAUACAUAAAAACACGUUGUUUUUAUUAACAAAAACCAGCCUGGAACGAGUUAUUUUAGAUGUCUGUCUGAUGUGUGAUCGUCAGAGAUGAGUGUCACUUUGGAUAUAAGACUUAAAAGAGCGAACAAAGUUUAUCAUGAAGGGGAGGUGGUGGCCGGUGUCAUCUUGCUGGUGUGUAAGGAGGCGCUGCAGCAUCACGGCAUCUCUCUGAACAUGGAGGGGCUGGUGAACCUGCAGCUGAGCUCCAAGAGCGUCGGAGUCUUUGAGGCUUUCUACAACUCUGUCAAGCCCAUCCAGCUGAUCAGCAGUAACAUCGAGGUGGCCAAGGCAGGAAAGAUCCCGGGAGGCAAGACUGAGAUCCCCUUCGAGUUCCCCCUGAACACGAAAGGGAACAAAGUGCUGUACGAGACGUACCACGGCGUCUUCGUCAACAUCCAGUACACGCUGCGCUGCGACAUGAAGCGCCCCCUGCUGGCCAAAGACCUGAGCAGGAACUGUGAGUUCAUCGUGCACUCGCAGCCUCAGAAAGCGAAAGUUGUCCCGACGCCGGUCAAUUUCACCAUCACUCCCGACACGCUGCAGAACUCCCGCGAGAGGAGUGUACUGCCAAAGUUUCUCGUCAGAGGCAAUUUAGACGCCACCAACUGCGUGAUCAGCCAGCCGCUGACCGGAGAGGUGGUGGUGGAGAACUCCGACGUCCCCAUCAAGAGUAUUGAACUGCAGCUUGUGCGAGUAGAGACGUGUGGUUGUGCUGAAGGGUACGCCAGAGAUGCCACGGAGAUCCAGAACAUCCAGAUAGCUGAAGGCGAUGUUUGCCACGGCCUCCCGAUUCCCAUCUACAUGGUCUUCCCCCGGCUGUUCAUCUGCCCCACACUGGAGACCACCAACUUCAAAGUCGAGUUUGAAGUCAACGUCGUCAUCAUGCUUCAUGACGAUCACCUGAUCACAGAGAACUUCCCCCUGAAGCUGUGCAGAGUCUGAAGUCCUCGUUCACUGAUGCUCCUGAAACAGAUCCUGAAACAGAUCCUGUAAUGAUGCUGAUUACCCGUCAUGAAUGUGUCCAAAAGGGUUGGAUAGAUUGUUAUUUUUUAAAGUUGUAUUUCAGUUUAAUAAAUAUGAAUGAUAUGAAAGUAAAUUAAGUUUAUUC